GUACAAAAACUGCUCUGUAUGUGUCCAGUGGAUUUCCAUGGGAUUUUCCAGUUAGAUGAACGCCGCAGAGAUGCUGUUCUUGCUUUAGGGAUCUUUCUGAUCGAAUCUGACCUCCAGCACAAAGAUAAUGUGGUUCCUUACCUCCUCCGACUUCUGAAGGGUCUUCCCAAAGUCCAGUGGAUAGAAGAAAGCAACGCACGCAAAAGCAGAGGCUUGCUUCCAGUGGCAGAAAACUUCAGCUUCUGCUUGGUAACGCUGUUAUCAGACGUUGCUUACAGGGAUGCGUCUCUCAGAGAGCAGAUUUUGGAUGCAAUUCUGCAAGUAAUGCAGUUCCUGUUGGGAAUGUGCCAGACCCCGCAAAUGCAUGAUAAAGAAUAUUUAUGCAAGUAUGCCGUGCCCUGCCUGAUAGGAAUUUCUCGAGCCUUUGGUCGCUACAGCAAUUCAGAGGAGGCUCUACUUUCCAAGCUUUUCCCCAAAAUUUCCCCUCAUUCCCUGAGAGUUCCAGAAGAGCUUGAAGGAAUUCGCCGACGAUCCUUCAAUGAUUUCAGAUCGAUUCUUCCCAGUUCUCUACUCACUGUUUGCCAAGAAGGAACACUGAAGAGAAAGGCUAGCAGUGUAUCUAGCAUCUCCCAGGUUAGUCCUGAGCGUGGAAUUCCCCCUCCCAGCUCUCCUGGAGGAUCUGCAAUUCAUUACUUUGAAGGUUCGUAUCUUCCUGAUGGGAGUGCACUGGAUCCUGAUUAUUACUUCUGUACAAUCAGCUCCAGCUUUUCGGUUUCUCCUCUCUUCAACGGCAUUAACAACAAAGAGUUUAACAUCCCUCUGGAAAUGCUCCGUCAGCUGUUGAACAUGGUAAAGCAGAUCGUUGGGGAUUCCCUGCUAAAGACCUUAGAUGCAGUUGUGGCUGAAGUUGCAGAGACGAGUGCUAAUACUGAUCUCUAUUAUAAAACAUUCAGUGACCCUCUUUAUCUUGCUCAGUUUAAAAUGCUGAGAGACACGUUAUACUAUAUGAAAGACCUUCCCAACUCAUUUGUGAAGGAAAUCCAUGAUUUUGUGCUGGAGCAAUUCAACAGCAGUCAGUCAGAACUUCAGAAAAUCCUCCACGAUGUGGAGCGACUGCACAAUGAACUGAGUCCUUUAAAACUGCGUUGUCAGGCCAACGCUGCCUGCGUGGAUCUCAUGGUGUGGGCUGUGAAAGAUGAGCAAGGUGCAGAAAACCUGUGCAUCAAGUUAUCAGAGAAGUUGCAGUCAAAAACCUCAAGCAAAGUCAUCAUUGCUCACUUGCCACUGCUGAUUUGCUGCUUGCAGGGUCUAGGUCGUUUGUGUGAGAGGUUCCCUGUUGUGGUUCAUUCUGUCAAUCCGUCCUUGCGAGACUUUCUUGUGAUACCUUCUCCAGUGCUUGUGAAACUUUACAAGUAUCAUAGCCAGUAUCACACAGGUGGUAACGACAUCAAGAUCAGUGUAACCAACGAGCAUUCCGAGUCCACUCUAAAUGUAAUGCCUGGCAAGAAAAGCCAACCGUCCAUGUACGAGCAGCUGCGCGACAUUGCCAUAGACAACAUCUGCAGGUGCUUGAAAGCUGGCUUGACUAUAGAUUCGGUGAUUGUUGAGGCCUUCCUUGCCAGUUUAUCUAACCGUCUGUACAUCUCUCAAGAGAGUGAUAAGGAGGCUCAUUUGAUUCCUGACCACACAAUUCGUGCUCUAGGACACAUUGCUGUGGCACUUAGGGACACCCCAAAAAUGAUGGAACCCAUCCUACAGAUCUUACAGCAGAAGUUUUGCCAGCCACCUUCUCACCUUGACGUGCUCAUCAUUGAUCAGCUGGGCUGCUUGGUCAUCACUGGAAAUCAAUAUAUUUACCAGGAGGUGUGGAACCUGUUUCAGCAAAUCAGUGUUAAAGCAAGCUCAGUUGUUUACUCUGCCACAAAAGAUUAUAAGGAUCAUGGAUACAGACACUGUUCCUUAGCUGUCAUUAAUGCCCUGGCUAAUAUCGCUGCGAACAUUCAAGGAGAACAUCUUGUGGAUGAACUACUGAUGAACUUGCUGGAGCUGUUUGUUCAGCUUGGUCUGGAAGGGAAGAGAGCUAGCGAGAGAGCAAGUGAAAAAGGACCAGCGCUGAAG